AUGAUGGCGACGGCUGUGGAGAGGGGAGGAGUGCGGGCCGCUUUUCUCAACUCGAGCAGCGCUGGUGGUGGAGGUGGUGGCGGUGGACCCAUGCCUACCGGCCUGCCUCCGGGACCCUUCCCCGGCGCCGUGGUGCUGGGCUCGGGCUCCGGAUCCAUGCCCGUCCCGAUGAACCUCUUCGCGACUUGGGAGAUAGACCGAUCGUCCCCGAGCUGUGUCCCAAGGCUUUGCACUCUCACGCUGAAAAAGCUGGUGGUUUUGAAAGAGCUGGACAAAGAACUCAACUCGUUAUCAAUAGCGGUCAAAAUCCAGGGCUCGAAGCGUCUCUUGCGAUCAAACGAGUACAUCCUCCCUCCCUGCGGCCUCAUGGAGACAGAUCUGGAGCUGACGUUCUCACUACAGUAUCCUCACUUUCUGAAGAGAGACUCCAACCGACUCCAGAUAAUGCUGCAGAGGCGGAAACGCUACAAGAACCGGACCAUUUUGGGAUACAAGACUUUGGCAGUGGGAGUCAUCAACAUGGCCGAGGUGAUGCAGCACCCCACAGACGGAGGCCAGAUCCUGGGUUUGCACAGUAACGUGAAGGAGGCUCCAGUGCGAGUGGCCGAGAUCAGCGUCUUCUCUCUGUCCUCUCAGCCAAUCGAUCACGAGGACAGCAGCGGGCAGGCGGGACGCAAGACCAAGAUCUCAGACCGCUCCCCGGACAUGGACAACUAUUCUGAGGAGGACGAUGACAGCUACUCGUCUGAGCAGGAAGCCAGCGACGACGCAGUGCACGGACAGGAUCUUUACGACGAGGAUGAUGAAAUGAGGAAGCCGAAGAAGGCAAGACGGAAAAUGAUUCGAACCACGUCUAUGACCAGGCAACCCAACUUUAAGCAGAAGUUUGUGGCCUUGUUGAAGAGAUUCAAAGUAACAGAUGAGGUGCUGGACUCAGACCCUGUGGAUCAGACUCAGGAGGUGGAGGAGGACUUGGACUUACUCUACGACAGCCUGGAGGUUUAUAACCAGAGCGACAGCGGCCCAGAGAUGGAGGACAACGAGAGUGUCCUGAGCACGCCCAAACCCAAACUCAAGCCAUUUUUCGAGGGGAUGUCGCAUUCCAGCUCGCAGACUGAGAUCGGCAGCAUUCACAGCCACAAGAGCCAACAGAGAGAGCUCUCCUGUCCUACUGGAGACUUUCUGACCGUGGACAGGUGUAAAGUGCAGAGCAGCCGAUAUCAAGACGACAGCAACAACGACACCACAGCUGCGGAGGCAGAGGCUGACGACAACGGGCCGGUGCAGAGCGAGGUUGGCAACUGGGACGUCAACAUAGAGAGAGUGUCCAGCUCUGUGGGGAAACUCUGCAAAACGGAGUCCCAGAAUCACAUGUCGUCUCCGAGUAAAAUGGACAAUAAGCUGCAAAGGCGAACACGCAGCACCUCCAUGAAGGACAGGCAGAACUCCAAGGCCCAAAACGACCGCACCAGCAGCAUGGAGAGUGAGUGCUCCCCGGACUCCAGGCUCAUAGCACAGGUUCCCAGAAAAUCGGUGUACGACCAGCUCAACCAGAUUCUCAUUUCUGACGAGCGGUUACCCGAGUGCAUCAUCCUCAUCAACACGACGGAGUGGCAGGGACAGUAUGUAGCGGACCUGCUUCAUGAACAGGGUCAGCCCAUCGUGUCCACCUGCUCUCCUGCAGACGUCCAGGCCGCCUUCAACACCAUCGUGACCCGCAUUCAGAGAUUCUGCAAUUGUAACGCACAGACUCCUCCAACGAUGAAAGUGGCAGCGGCCGGAGACCAGAGUUACCUCAGCACGAUACUGAGGUUCUUUGUGGAGCAGCUGGCCAAUAAAACACCCGACUGGCUCAGUUAUAUCCGCUUCCUGGUCAUCCCCAUCGGUUCACAUCCUUUAGCCAAACACGUGGCUUCAUUCGACAGCAAGUUCAACAAUCUGUUUAUGGACACGGCCUGGAGGGAGCUGUUCUGCCGGACGGAUCGGCCCACUUCAGAUAACAUUGACGUAGCCGGUCGCGUGGUGCAGUAUUUAGCUGGAGCCAACGUGUCGCACCAGUUCCCUAUCUCCGAGGCCAUGCUCACCUAUAAACAAAAGAGGAAAAGAAGUUUGUAUUUUGAUUUUUACAUCAGCCCGGAUGAGGACUCCUGUCAGAAAUUUGUGCCAUUUAUUGGGGUUGUGAAAGUAGGAAUUGUGGAGCAGAGUAUGUCAACGUCAGUGGAUUCGGAUGACGCAAUGGGCGGCAACACGAGCAUCCUGUCCUCCCCCACUCCCCCCACAGCCGGACCCUACGGGAAAGAGAUCGGCAGCACUCCCCCCCAGUCCCCCUCCGUCUCCACUGCCCUGUCAGGAGCUGGCUCUCCGUGCUCGGGCAGCGAGGUGAUGGGUCUGCAGGUGGACUACUGGACGUGGCAGGGUCCGGAGAAGAAGAAGGAGGGGGAGAAGAGGGACGUGGGGCUGAAAAACACUCUGAAGAGCAACUUUAGGUCUCUGCAGGUGAGCCGCCUGCCAUGUGGAGGCGAGCUCACCCCUCCCCCCAGCAUGGCCAUGACCGUGGUGACCAAGGAGAAGAACAAGAAAGUGAUAUUCCUGAGUAAGAAGCCGAAGGAGAAAGAGCUGGACUCUAAGAGCCAAGUGAUCGAUGGCAUCAGCCGCCUGAUCUGCACGGCCAAACACCAGCACACCAUGUUGAGAGUUACUAUUGACGGCGUGGAGUGGAACGAUGUGAAGUUUUUCCAGCUGGCGGCGCAGUGGCCCACACACGUGAAGCACUUCCCUGUGGGGAUCUUUGGUUACUCCAAACCUGUGUGA